UAUAAAGACAACUCCAACCAAUGGCUGAAAUGAGACUGCUCUAGUAAAUUUUGUAUUGCUAUUCAUUUAAAAUGAACUUUAGCAAUAUGAUCAUUUGCUAAGCAGUCGCUGAUUAACUUGAUAUAGCUGUUUGAGGAAAACAAGCACAACUGGAUACUUGUCCCUAGGAAAGAUGGACACCACAUGGCUAAGCACCCUACUUCUGGCUCUAAUCGUCUCUUGUAUUAUUUACUGUGCAUGGAACGCAAUGUGGAGGGAGCAUAACCUACCACCUGGACCAACACCACUACCCAUUGUUGGGAAUGUGCUGCAGAUGAGAACUGGGGAAAUGGUCAAAUCCUUAUUAGAGUUUAGGGAGAAGUAUGGUUCAAUAUAUACCAUCUAUUUCGGCCAUAAACCUGUCGUUGUCUUGUGCGGCUACGAGUUGGUCAAAGAAGCGUUAGUAGACCACCCAGAAGAGUUUGAGGCCCGUGGAAGACUUCCCACUCUUGACUCAUUUGUGCAAGAACAUGGAGUCGUCUUUUCCAGCGGAAAACGUUGGAAAGAUCUGCGCAGGUUUACACUUACCACACUGAGAAAUUUUGGGAUGGGAAGGAAAUCCAUUGAACAGAGGAUACAAGAAGAGUCUGGCUUCUUGGUGACAGCGAUUAGAUCACACAAAGGAAAGUCCAUUGAUCCAAGAAGCCUCCUAGUCCCGUGUGUGUCUAACAUCAUCUGCUCCAUCGUUUUUGGAGAUCGGUUUGAAUACAAUAAUGAGAGUUUUCAGAAACUCCUCAGCCUGUUUGCUGCCAACUUCAGGGACAUGAGUGGCACUUGGGGACAGUUGCAGCACAUGCUUCCAAAUAUCAUGAACUAUAUACCAGGACAUCACAAGAGAAUAAACACGCAAAUGACCAAUCUCGCCAACUUCAUCUUAGAGAGAGUGAAGAUGAACCAAGAGACAUUUGAUCCUAACUCACCCCGGGAUUUUAUUGACUGUUUCCUCAUCAAACAGCAGCAGGAAAAGGACAAUCCCAACUUUAAUAAGGAAAACAUGACAAUGACCAUAAUGAACCUGUUCUUUGCUGGGACAGAAACUGUAAGCACCACCCUAAGUUAUGGCCUUCUCGCACUUAUGAGAUACCCAGAAAUACAAGCCAGACUGCACAAAGAAAUAGACAGGGUGAUUGGUGAAAAUCGCAUCCCAAACACUGAGGACCGAAACAAGAUGCCAUACAUGGAUGCUGUAAUUCAUGAGAUCCAGAGAUUUGGUGAUAUCGUCCCGAUGAAUCUUCCACAUCAAACGGCAAGGAAUGUAAACUUCAGAGGCUACACCAUCCCCAAGGGUACAGAUGUCUACCCACUGUUGUGCUCUGUACUUAGAGAUGACAAUCAGUUUGCUACGCCGUAUAAGUUUGACCCCAACCAUUUUUUGGACAAUAAUGGCUGUUUUAAGAAAAAUGACGCAUUCAUGCCAUUCUCUGCAGGGAAGCGGAUGUGUCUCGGGGAAGGUUUGGCCCGUAUGGAGUUGUUUAUUUUCUUAACAACCAUUUUACAGAACUUUACACUGACCUCCAAGACAAAGUUCACAGAUGAAGACAUUGCACCUAGAACCCUAGGAUUUGCCAGUGCCCCCAUAUCUUAUGAGAUGUCUUUCAUUCCUCGAGUUGGAUCAUAUUAGAUUAGUAUCUAUUUUGCCAGAAGAAAUUAAAUUUCACAUUGAAUGUUACCAUUCUGCAUUGUUAAUGGGACUAAAACAUGGUUGAAAUAUUUUUUUAUUUUUUUUUGCUCCAACAAUCAGAUCCCACAAGUAAUUUUUAUGGUGUCUAUGUCUAGAUUAGAACAUGGACCUUGUAAAAGGGAUAUAUAGCUGCACUGUAAAAAUAGUUAAUAUCCCUUGUAUGACUGGUGAUAUAUAUUGAACCCAAAAAUGCAUGGACAAUAAAUUUAUAAAUAGAAAAUGACAUUAAUUAAUUGUGAAUAACAAUGAAGCAUACCAUAAUGUACAGAACAAAAAGAGUGAACUGAUCCAAUAAUUGCAAUAGAAAGUCCUCCAGUAAAUAUAAAGAUGACUGAAAAGCGAUGAAAACCACCCGAGAAAAGUGAUGUGCUCCUAUAGGAAAGGUUCCUCCACCUCUGGUAAAAAUAACUCCUUACCGACUUCACUGAUCUCCUAUAUGAGAUUGUGACAGCAUGUGGCUAGUUAAUCCCCACCUGGGGUCUCUAACUGCUGGGUGUCAGGAUCCUAUCCGUUCGUCUCAGGAGUCCUCAAUGUCUCACCUGAUGUAAUAUUCCCCAUAUAAAUGCAGAAAAUACUAGCAUGGUGGAGUACUGUAUAAAAAGGUCUAUUGCAUAAAAGAAUUGCACUUACAGUUAAAAGUGUAGUAUGAGCGCGUAUAAAAAAAAUGUUCAAGCCGGCCGGCUAUUCAAACUAUCCGCCCGUCCUCCCGGGAAAGUUGUGUUCUAUAGUUGGUAAAGUCAGCCCGCCACUUCUCCCUACAGCCGUUUCGUCAAAUCGUGAUGUCUUCCAGGGGCACGAUUUGACGAUUUUAUAGAACAUGGACCUGCUUAUCAAACAAAUGUUAGUCCUAUGCUGGUCAUCAACAUUUACAACGGCUAUUGUUUUACAAUGACUGGCAACUGCCAACCAAUAUCCGCUUGGGUUGGUUCCCUUGUUCCCUUGUUCCCUUACAUGCAAAAUAUAACAAAUAAUUACAAAAUACUGACCCAGGGGCUCUUAAACUUUUCUUUAUUAUGGACCCCUAAUGGAUUGCCCAAUAUGUUGUCCUUCCAAUGUCAGUAGACUUCAUGAAUAAUAUCAUCACAAGUUAUAUUAACUACCAGCAUGAGUUAAAAAAUACCACUAUAUAGAUAGCUAAUAACAGAACAACUGAAAGAAACUCAUUAAAGGAUUUUUAUUAUAUAAAUACAUAGGGCAAGGAUGAAGACUGAAGCACAACACUAUC